AUGAAGAAGCGCUAUGUGGUGGCCGCAGUCCUGACUGCAGCCCUGCUGGGGCUUGUCUUGCUCCUGGGACUGCUCCUCGGUCUGCGACCUGACUCAGGGGACACACACGUUUACAAGAGGGCAGCUGUGGCUACAGAUGCAGGGCAGUGCUCAAUAAUCGGAAGGGACAUCCUUCAGCAAGGUGGAUCAGCAGUGGAUGCUGCAAUUGCAGCUCUGCUUUGUGUAGGACUCAUGAAUGCUCACAGCAUGGGCAUUGGAGGGGGCCUCUUCUUUACCAUCUACAGCAGCAGCACAGGAAAAGUGGAAAUCAUUAAUGCAAGAGAAGUGGCUCCAAAAGGCGCGUCAGAGGACAUGUUUGGGAACAACACACAGCUCUCUCUGAAAGGAGGACGGUCUAUCGCUGUUCCAGGAGAAAUCCGUGGGUAUGAACUUGCUCACAAACGUCAUGGCAAGCUGGCAUGGAAAGACCUGUUUCUGCCCAGCAUCAAGUUGGCAAGAGAAGGAUUCCCUGUUGGGAAAGGCCUUGCAGCAGCCAUCAAAUCAAGAGAGGAGGCAAUUGAAAGCAAUCCUUCACUGUGUGAAGUGUUCUGCAGAGGUGGGAAAAUCCUGCAGGAGGGCGAUAUCAUCAGGAUGCCUAAACUAGCCAACACAUACGAGACUAUAGCCAGUGAAGGAGCAGAUGCCUUUUACACAGGAAGCCUGGCAAAGCAGAUCAUCGAUGACAUCCACAGUGUAGGGGGCAUUGUCACAUUGGAUGACUUGCGGGACUACACUGCAACAGUGAUUGAAGAUCCAAUGCAGAUCACACUUGGGGAGUUUACCCUCUACACACCUAGUGCCCCCCUAAGUGGGCCAGUGCUAGCCCUCAUCUUCAACAUACUGAAAGGAUAUAAUUUCUCUGCUGAUAGCAUCAAAACUGUGGAGGAGAAAGGUCUGACUUACCACCGCAUUGUGGAGGCCUUUCGCUUUGCCUAUGCCAAAAGGACCUUACUGGGAGAUCCAAAAUUUGUCGACAUCACAGAGGCAUUAAGAAACAUGACGUCUGAGUUCUUUGCUGAUAGUCUCCGGAGGAAAAUCACAGACAACACCUCCCAUCCAGUUGACUACUAUGAGCCAAUUUAUUACACUGGAGAUAAUGCCGGUACAUCCCACCUCUCCAUUGUGGCUGAUGAUGGCAGUGCUGUGUCCGCCACCAGCACCAUCAACCAAUACUUUGGCUCUGAUGUACGAUCCAACGUGAGUGGCAUCAUAUUUAAUGAUGAGAUGGAUGACUUCAGCUCACCUUACAUAAUCAAUGGAUUUGGGAUCCCUCCUUCUCCAGCAAAUUUCAUAGCACCAGGUAAACAACCAAUGUCCUCUAUGUGCCCUUCCAUCUUGGUGGAUAAAAUGAAAAAGGUCAGGAUGGUGGUUGGUGCUUCUGGAGGAACGAAAAUAACCACAGCAACAGCACUGGCAAUCAUCAAUUCCAUCUGGUUUGGGUAUGAUGUGAAGAAAGCAGUGGAGGAGCCCAGAAUUCAUGAUCAGCUAUUUCCCAAUAUCACGGAGCUGGAGCAGCAAAUAGAGGAGGGUAUAGAAGAGCAACUGAAGAAGAGGAAACACGACACCACGCGGGUGAGCACCGGAGCGGUUGUUCAGGCCAUCCUCAGGACAGAUGAAGGAUGGGCUGCGGCCUCUGACUCCCGGAAAGGUGGCUUCCCUGCAGGCUACUGA